UCCCAGACCAUCAGUGUGGACCAACCUGACAUAUCAUCCACAGUCGUUUGAUGGUAUUCAAUUAAAAACUGGACGAACUUUCGUCUCCAUCAGAGUGCGAUUCCCAGUGGGUGUCCUGUCCUUCUAAACCCGACUUCUGGCAACACAAAAAGGCGAGGCCAUCCCUGACUAAUCAUCCACAGUGUUGAGCUGGUACCUGUCCAAUGUCCUCUGCCCACACAGUGUGAUGUGUCAUGGCUCCGGUGCUGAGUGGAGUGCGGUGGCUUUCGGAGGCGGGAGUUGUUGGGUCGGGGACGGCAGCUGCCACCGGCGCCGCGUACUGGCCGCAGAGUGAGCAGCUGGUGUUGGUCGUCACACUCAGCAUCGUCACCGGCUUGUUGCUGCUCUCUGUGCUGCUCGGGCUGUGCGCCAGCUGUCGGGGGCAGAAGAAAGUAAUAAAUGGCACUACUACAGGAGACCAAGAAAACCUUGUAAAUGGAGUGUCGGAGAAGGAGAUAUCAGUAGACAGUCCAGUGACUGACGCAGCAGUCAGCAGCUCUCACAACGGUCCUCUGACCAGCGGUACAAUCCUCUCAGACACACAAGACACCAGCCCUCAGUUGUCCGAGGAGCUGCUCUCCAGCCAAUCAGAGCUCAGGUCCUCCAAGUGUCAUCAGGACCGAGAGCUUCCCAGCCUCCCUCCUGGCAGUGCCCCCAUGGAGGACAGACCCCCAGCCUCAGGAGAUAGCACUUACGAGGUGGUGAAGGAGAUGGAGGUGGAAUCCCGCGACGUCAGCGUUGAGGACUCUCUCUACGAGACCGUCAAGGAGAUCAAGGACACCUCGGUGCAGCCUCACCUCGCCAACGGUACUGUCCAGCCGAGCCCCGAUGAGCCUCCACCUCAACCUCCCGCCCUCGUCAACGGCCACCCCAGCCCCUGCACCCCAGAGCGGGUGCCGCUGAGCGAAGGGGUCGAGUACGCCUCUGUUGACCUGCGAAAGAAGAGCCGACACAGCGCCGACAUGGAGGCCAAAAGGCGCUCCGAUAACGCCGCCGCUCCCUCACGCAAACCCGCGGAGGAGCCGGAGGAGGAGCCGCCGCCGCCCGUACCGAAGAAGGUUCUCGACGAGAACGACAACCAGCCAGCGGUGAUGAAUGGCGUGGAAGGGUCUGGGCUGGACAAUGGAGAGUUAACUUCCCUGUCUCCUCCACCGGAAUUUGAAGACCACCCACAAUCAGACAACGAAUCACCGCUGUACUCUACUGUUAAUAAGACGAACUGCAACCAGGCUUUUAGCGAGGACGACAAAGAGCACGACUACAGCAGCAUCGCAGAGAUCAAAGGUAUUGUCCCUAACUCGUCCUCCAGCGACCUCUACGCCACGGUUCACGACAUCUACGCUCAACCCGACGAGCCCCAGGCGGGCGAAGAGCCCCCGAUGGACAGCUCAGAUCCCGGCUACGAAUCGAUCCGCAUCCCAAAGACUAGUAGCUCCGAUGACGAUCACGGAGCCGGGAACGGCAAGCCGGAGCCCGACUACGAGAGCGUGGGAGAGCUGGGCCUCAGUCGGGAGAUGUCCCGUCUUUGAGUCGACUGCCUCGGCGUCGCAUCUUUACAGUAGCACUUUGAAGCAGCUGUUCGGGAUGCCUUUGAUGCAAACUGCUUCUCACAGUUUCCUUAUCGAGUGUACAUCUUCUUAGCAGCUUAGGUACGGCUUAUCAUAUCUGAACGUCACUUAUCAACCAGAGCGAGACAUCGGUACUGGCAGGCCUUAAAAACUCUGGGUUGUUAAAAAUAAUCGCAACAUAUUCUGGUCAACAGAAAGAGG